ACAUUGUUCUACUUGCAAUGUUUCUGGCCAAUCUUUAUCGAUUCCAUUGAGCGCAUGGUUGUCCGAUUCCAAGACCUAGUCUACUCCAUCACCAUCAAACCAGCUGGCUCCUCAAUAUUGCACCAGACCUCCACCAAUAGCAUGUCCCCGACUACUUUUCUCCGAUAAUUCUUCUCUUGGCUCCCUCCUGUCACAUCUUUUUUGAGAAGUCCUCGCCACUUCUCAAUUACAAUUGAACCACCACAUACAAGUCUCCAUUUGUUUGAAUCAAGACGUCAGUAGAGAAGAUCAAAGCUUUUGUUAGUUCUCCGAUAUGGUUCUCCAAUCAUCCUCUAAAAUCAUGGCUGAAUUUGCAGUAACAGCUGCCAGUCCUGUUGUCAAAAUGGUGGUGGAGAAGUUGGCCUCCGGGCUAUGGAAGGAGUUGGGACUUGCGAGGAGUGUUUCCACCGACAUAGAGAAGCUGCAGAGCAAGUUAUCAAAGAUUCAGGACGUGCUCGAUGAUAUGGAGAGGAAACCCAUCAGCAAACCUCUACAAGGUACGUUGAGGAAGCUCAGAGAUGUGGCUCUCGAUGCGGAAGAUGCGGUGGAAGAGUUCGAAACUGAAGUGCUGCGGCGAAGAAUGGAGGGACGCGACCACAUGACUGAAAAGGUGCGUGACUUUAUUUCCUCAAACAAUCCAAUCGCAUUUCGAUGCAAGAUGGCUCGCAAGAUUAAAGAGAUUAGAGAUAGAAUUGAUGAGAUCGUAAAGGAUAACGAGGAUCUUGAUUCGAUGGUGAAAUCCGACUCAGAUUCCAUCAAAAAUAAAUCUGACUCGGAUAGGCCUGUGGACCGUGAGACCACCUCAUUGGUGAUCGAACCAAAAAUUUAUGGACGAGAUGAAGAUGAAAAACAGGUCAUGGAGUUCUUAGUUGACAGAGAUAAUGACAAAAAUAUCUCCAUCCUUACAAUAGUUGGCCUUGGUGGAAUUGGAAAGACAACCCUUGCUCAAUUUGUCUACAACAAUGAGAGGAUUAAGGAGCAAUUUGAGCUUCGAAUGUGGGUGUGUGUGGGUGAACCUUUUGACGUGAAAAUGGUCUUGCGGGCAAUGAUUGAACAACUUAAAGGGGAGCAGAGCAUUUUCUCAAACUUGCAAACCAUGUCAACUUUCUUGGAUGAAAAAUUGAGAACAAAAAGAUUUCUUUUGGUUUUAGAUGAUUUAUGGAAUGAUAAGGAAUCGGAGUGGGAAAGACUAAAACCUUUGUUCAUACAUGCCAAAUCAGGAAGCAAGAUCAUAGUAACAACACGCGUUGAAACUAUUGCUUCUGGUGCAUCCACAAUUGGAACCGUCUCAGUACAUCAAUUGCAAGGGUUGCAGGAUGAGGAUUGUUGGAGUCUGUUCAAGCAACGGGCAUUUAGGUCUGAGACGGAAGAAGAUAACCCAGAAUUGAUGGAAAUCGGACGGGAGAUCAUUAAAAAGUGUGGAGGUUUGCCUUUAGCAGAAAAAGCUCUUGGAAGUCUGAUGAGCUCUAAAAGAGGGAAAGUCGAGUGGCUAGCGAUCAAAAACAAUGAGAUUUGGAUAUCAAAGUUAUCUGAAGAUGUUGUCCCUGUCCUAAAGUUGAGUUAUGAUCAUUUACCCUCUCACUUGAAACGAUGUUUUACAUAUUGUUCCAUGUUCCCAAAAGAUCAUGAAUUUGAAAUAAAAAGAUUGAUUCAAUUAUGGAUGGCUGAAGGACUCAUCGAUAUGUCAGAUAUUUCUCUAAAUGCGGAGGACAUUGGCAGCCAAUACUUCAAUGAUUUGUUGUGGAGGUCAUUCUUUCAAGAUGUUGAAAUGGAUGAGUACAAAAAUCCAGUGACUUGUAAGAUGCAUGAUUUAGUCCAUGAUCUUGCAUGUUUAAUCACAAAGGACGAAGCUUUAGUCCCGAAGGGGGAUACAAAGAGCAUUUCACAUGGAUGUCGUUAUCUAUCAGUAACAUCUACUUAUGGGCCACCAAUUGAUUUAAAGAGAAUUUAUGAAGCAAAAAAAUUGAGAUCGCUUAUUUGUUUCGGGGCACCAUAUGGUCAUAUUGUUGAUAUGGGUGAAUUUAUCCUCAAUGUAACAAAAACUUUCAGCCAGUUACGUGAAUUGGACUUGCGUUGGUGUAGAAUUCAGAAUUUGUCUGAUAGAAUAAGCAUAUUAAAGCAUCUACGGUUCCUUGACCUAUCAUAUACUCAGACUGUGACAUUACCUCCCUCAAUCACCACACUUUACAAUUCGCAGACAUUGAACCUCCAAGGAUGCAGCGAACUACGCGAGCUGCUUGAAGGCAUAAGUAACCUAUGCAACCUUAGAUAUUUGGAUAUAUCAUGGUGUACUAUGAUUACAACGUUACCUACCUCAAUCACCAAACUCAGCAAAUUGCAGACAUUGGAGCUCCAAUUUUGCGACAAUCUACAAGAAUUGCCUGAAGAUAUCGGUAAUCUAGGCAAACUCAGGCACCUAAAUAUAAAUGAAUGCUACAGUUGGGCUUACACACCUCGUGGCUUGGGUCGGUUGAGUAACCUUGAGAUAUUGCCGAUGUUCAUUGUUGCUCAAGAGAAUGGGCGUACCAUCGUGGAGCUGCAACAUCUGAACUCUAUUCGAGAUAGGUUGCAAAUUAAAAAUCUGCAUCAUGUGAAAGAUCCAAAUGAAGCCAUUCAAGCAAAGCUGUGGGCAAAGACAAGAUUGAAUUACUUGAGUCUUGAAUGGAACAAAGUUGGGGAUGAGGAACACGAACCAUCAUCUACAGAAGUGGAAGUGGCAGAGGGUGUAUUUGAAAGGCUCCAACCUCACCAUAAUCUGAAGGAGUUGGGAAUCUAUUCUUAUAUAGGCACCAGAUUACCCAAUUGGAUGCCAUCUUCUAUCACAAAUCUAGUUGGGCUUACAACUGGGGAUCUCAAGAGGUGUGAACAUCUUCCACUGGGUCCAUGGCCCUCAUUAAAGUAUCUGUAUUUGUAUAAAGUGCAUGCCGUGAGGAGAAUCGGAGAAGAGUUUUAUGAGGAUGGUGGCGGCAUCGCAUUCCCGUCACUAGAGAAUUUGACUUUAGAAGACAUGCCCAAUUUGGAAAAAUGGCAUACAGAAUCAUGCCCUCGCCUUACCAAGUUGAGGAUAAAAUCAUGCCCCAAAUUAGCCAUGCAGCCAUGUAUCCCAUGUUCUGUGGAGACUCUUGAAAUAAGCAGCAGCAAUGAGAUGCUGUUAUCAGCACGGAGCCUUGCAGGGUUGUCCAAACUCAAAUAUCUAUAUAUUGAUAGCUGUGGAAUAUCAUCAUCAUCUGGGUCGUGGGAUGAGCUGGAAUACCUCACCGCCCUUGAUGAGCUACGAAUUGGAGGAUGUGAUGAGCUGACUUGUUUGCCCGAGAAUAUUAUGUACCAGCCCUCACUCCAUAUCCCAUGCUCUGUGGAGACUCUUAGAAUAACAAGCAGCAAUGAGAUGGUGUUAUCAGCAGGGAGCCUUGCAGGGCUGCCCAAACUCAGAUAUCUGUAUAUUUAUAGCUGUAGAAUAUCAUCAUCAUCUGGGUGGUGGAAUGGUCUACAAUACCUCACCGCCCUUGAAUAUCUACGAAUUGAAGAAUGUGAUAAGCUGACUUAUUUGCCCGAGGAUAUUAUGUACCUGCCCUCACUCCAAACCCUUGAUUUAUGGGGAAACAGAAAUCUAAGGAGUCUAGAGGGAGGAGGAAGGAAGCAACAGCAGCCCACCCCCUUCUUCACUACCCUCCAAUAUUUAAAUAUACAAGAAGCCGGCAGGUUGACUUCUUUGCCAGAGUGGGUACGAGGCCUCACGUCACUCCAAGGUCUUCGAAUUGUGGAUUGUUGCAACCUAGCAACAUUGCCAAAUAACUUGCAAUACCUCACCGCACUCCAAUAUAUGAAUAUCUCCAAUUUGCCCCAGUUGACAAUGCUGCCAAAGAGCCUACAACACCUCACCGCAUUCCAAACACUGGUUAUCUCCGACUUACCCCGGGUAACAAUGUUACCAGAUGGCCUACGAUACCUCACGGCACUCCAAACGUUGGUUAUCUCCAAAUUACCCCAGCUAACAAUGUUACCAGAUGGCAUACGCUACCUCACCGCACUCCAAUCCUUGGAGAUUCAAGAUUGUCCCCAGCUAGUGAGGCGAUGCAAGAGGGAGACGGGGGAGGAUUGGCACAAGAUUGCUCACAUCCAAGAAAUCAUCAUCAAACAAGAGGAAGAAGAUGGAGAAGAAAUGAAUGAAAAAUGUACCUUCGCUGCGAAAUUUCUUGGUCAACUUGGAUUUGCACGUUGCAUGGGUCAUAGCUGAGGUGCCAACAAUCCCAUUCCCUGGUGAACUAUCUUUAUUGACAUUCCAAGACUAAAUUUAUUUUGCAACAUGCCACCAAUUAUGGGGUUCGAAAAUGCUAAUUGACAACCACACUUGGAAGCCUUGCAUAGCUCCAGAAUCUAUUGAAUUACUAGUUUCUCUUUUAAUUUGGAGAAAUAAUGCCAAAUAGGAGAGAUACAAUUAACAGCAAUUGAAAACUCACUUCCAUCGCCACCGAUCAUAUCUUUUUGAAGAAGCACGGAGGAAGUGAGGAAGAAGACAAACAUUACAGUGAUAUAAUUACAACGAGGCCACAAAAGAUAAUACCUCAGAAUGGUCUUACAGAGGUAAAGAAGACACAUGUUCAAAACAGCCUGGUGACUAUUGGAAGAGGAAGAAGGGCACAAGUUGCCCCGUGAUGAGGAAUGAAGGGCUUUGAGCAGGACUGAAGAUGGCUGCAUCCUUUUCUUCAAGAUGACUCUAGAGUUCCUCUCAUGCCAAAUGUGCCACAGGAGUGCCAUAAGGUGUUGAUCCCAACCCAUCCGAAAGGAUGCUUUAAUUUUCCUACUUCUCCCAGAGCACUGCCAAUAAGAUCUUCAUUUUUUUAUCUCAAUUACUAUUUAUGCUUUUCUGAAUCAUGUUGCUGAGAUGUUCUCACGUAAAUCAUACAUGUUAUACCCAGACAAAAUCGUUCUGAAGAUUUUUCCUUAUUCUUA